UAGGGAAUAUUCAUUGAUAAUGUGCUAUUGUUAUUUCCCUCAUGCCCCUUCAAGAUUCCUUUCUACAAUGAAAAUUAUUCCUUCUCUAAUUCACUGUAUUAAUCAAUCUACAAAAUCCAACUCGCUACUCCACCAGCUAAAUUACUCCCUCAUCGUCACACAUUCUACUUCUCUCUCUAUAAAUCAUACUCUCUCUCCUCAUUUUUUUAUGUACCACCACUUAUUCUUCUUCUCCUUCCGCGUCGUCCUCCUCUUCUUUCUUGUACCCACUUCUUGUUUCUCUUGAAGUUUCAACGUUUCUUCUUUUAAACCAAAACCUACUAUUCUUUCUUGCGAAGAAAGUAUUUUUAUUGAGUUUAGGAGGCUAAAAAGGGUGAAAGACAUAAAGGGUGUUUCUUGUUAGAGCUAAAAGCGACUAACAAUAUGACUCGCGGUGAAGUUGGAGAAGAUGAAGAGAAUCCUCCUUUCCUUGAUUAUGAGACCAUUUCGAGGCCAAGACGUAUUGCCCUUUUUGUUGAGCCUUCUCCAUUUGCGUAUGUGUCAGGGUAUAAAAACCGGUUCCAGAAUUUCAUCAAAUUUUUACGCGAAAUGGGGGAUGAGUAAUUUGCAGGUGUUGGUUGUGACAACACAUGAAGGGGUGCCCCAGGAAUUUUAUGGAGCCAAACUGAUUGGAUCACGGAGCUUCCCCUUCCCCUGGUAUCAGAAGGUGCCCCUUUCUCUAGCACUUAGUCCAAGAAUAAUUUCAGAGGUUGCACGGUUUAAGCCUGACAUAAUACAUGCAUCGUCACCUGGGAUAAUGGUUUUUGGUGCCCUUGCGAUUGCAAAACUGUUGAGUGUCCCCAUUGUGAUGUCCUAUCACACUCAUGUCCCUGUAUACAUCCCAAGGUACACUUUUAGCUGGCUGGUGAAACCCAUGUGGAUGAUCAUAAAAUUUCUUCACAGAGCAGCCGAUCUCACACUAGUGCCAUCAGCUGCUAUUGGGAGGGAUCUUGAAGCAGCUAGGGUGACAACAGCUAACAAGAUUCGUCUUUGGAAUAAGGGUGUUGAUUCUGAGAGCUUCCACCCUCGUUUCCGCUCUCAUGAAAUGCGAAUGAGAUUAAGCAAUGGUGAACCUGAAAAACCAUUGAUAGUCCAUGUUGGAAGACUUGGAGUCGAGAAGAGUUUGGAUUUUCUCAAAAGGGUUAUGGAUAGGCUUCCAGGAGCAAGAAUUGCCAUUAUUGGAGAUGGGCCAUAUAGGGAGGAGUUGGAAAAGAUGUUUACUGGCAUGCCUGCUGUAUUUACUGGGAUGUUGGGAGGAGAAGAGCUCUCUCAGGCAUACGCUAGUGGGGAUGUUUUCGUUAUGCCUUCAGAAUCCGAGACACUUGGUCUUGUUGUUUUGGAGGCCAUGUCUUCAGGAAUUCCUGUAGUGGGAGUUCGUGCUGGGGGAAUCCCAGAUAUAAUUCCUCCAGAACUGGAUGGCAAAACUGGGUUUCUCUUUAAUCCAGGAGAUCUUGAUGACUGCUUGAGCAAGUUAAAGCCUUUGUUGGAUAACCAAGAACUAAGAGAAACCAUUGGUAAGGCAGCACGUCAAGAUAUGGAGAAGUAUGAUUGGAAGGCAGCGACAAAGAAAAUACGCAAUGAACAAUACAGUGCAGCCAUUUGGUUCUGGCGCGAGAAUAGAGCCCAGCUAUUGAGACCAAUUCAGUGGCUAGUAAGCCGUCUUUUUCCAUUCGCAGAAGUUUAAAUGCAGGUGAUGAACGUUUUUCUUUCCAGAGGUAAACGUAGUUUCGCAGAAGUUUAAAUGCAGGUGAUGAACAUUUUUCUUUCCAAAGGUAAACGAAAGAAAGAGAUUUGUUGUGGUAAUAGACACCCAGUGCUUCAAGAAAACCCUCAGAAGUUGUGGUAGAUUGAUUGUGUAAUAUAUUCAUUAUUCAUUUGUAUAAUAUGGACUAUGCAGUUAUGGCCAUUUGUGCAAUUAAAUGAUUUGGUUAGUUUUUAGUCUAAUGAAAUCCCUCCAUGGAAUUCAAAA